AUGCAUCACGGAAUCUAUGGUUACAUGACUCAAUCCUUUAGCUCCACCAUCCCACGAGAUAAAAUCUAUGCAAUACUAGGACGUUCUGGUGAAGCGAAACAGGCCAUUCCAAUAGACUACACCGGUGAGAAAGACGACUCGCAAAUCUUUACAGAAGCUGCUGCAUAUAUCUUAUCGAGCAACACGGGUUUAGCAAUGCUACAAUUCACACAGAUGAAUGCAAACACUCUAUAUAAACCUUCAUGGGUCCCAGACUUUGCAACCCAAUCACUUCCUAGCAGGGAUUUGAUCGACUGCAAUUACGGUGCUGACGGUGGAUAUUUGGCUUGGGAACGCUUGACUCCUGAUAAAGUCUUCAAAGACUCACAAUUGCACGGAUACCGAUCUGGUAGCGACAUAAGAGGUGACAAUUCAAUGUUCGGGAAAGUCACUCGUGUUACAUACGGCUCCGAUGCAGAAGUCUCGGAAGACAUGAAAGUCCUGAGUCUAGAUGGUCUAAUAUUCGACAAGAUUGAGUUCGUGGACCCAGCGCCAGAUUUCAACGGCUCUCUCGUUCCAGGUUUGGAAUGGAUUGAGAGAUUGGAGUUCGGGUCAUCGGCCAGGGUAUCACUUGUUAGACUACGAAAAGCUGCAACAAGACGGCAGUUAGUCGUAGCAUCGCGAGAUCGGGACCCCUAUAUAGAUGAACCAGGUGGAAGCGACGAAGCUUUUGGACGCACACUCAUCGCAGACCGCAUUCCUCACUCAAACAAGCUCUAUCCUCCAUUCUCCUCACAUAUCGAAAACUUCAAGAGCUAUCUAUCAAAACCUCUAUCCGAAUUCUUACAAGCGCCAGUCAAUAUCCAAACCUAUCCAUAUUCGAUAUUUGCAAUGAAAGCAUUCCAAAGAAGAGCUUUCAUGAUCACUGACAAGGGUUAUAUGGGCCUUGCGCCUAGUCAUGCUCAAGUGGGAGAUCUGGUGUGUAUAUUUCGGAAGGGCGACGUGCCGUUCAUUCUGCGCCCAAUAGGAGAGGGGUAUCACGAGCUUGUCGGUGGUUGUUUUGUGCAUGGAAUUAUGGAUGAGAGUUUUGCUCAAAGAGCAGAAGUAGAGGAAGUAAAAGGCUUUCAUAUCAAAUAG